UUGAAGGGCUGGCUGCUGUUUUUUUCUUCCUUUCUCCACCAUCCAACAUGGCUACUGACUCAAAGAAUCCACCCGCUGAAGGGACCUUCACCGAUGUGCCCGAAGGUGAAAUUGAGUCCAACUGGGACGAGGUUGUCGACAAGUUCGAUGACAUGAAGCUUCGGGAGGAGCUUUUGCGUGGUAUCUACGCGUAUGGUUUCGAGCGCCCAUCCGCCAUCCAGCAACGUGCUAUUCUCCCCGUGAUCAAAGGUCACGAUGUGAUCGCUCAGGCACAAUCCGGUACCGGAAAGACUGCCACAUUCUCCAUCUCCAUCCUGCAGUCCCUGGACAUGUCGAAAAAGGAGUGCCAGGCUCUUAUCCUUGCCCCUACUCGAGAACUUGCCCAGCAGAUCCAGAAGGUACUGAUCGCCCUCGGCGACUACAUGCAAGUGGAAUGCCACGCCUGCAUCGGUGGUACCAACGUCCGUGAGGACAUGCGUCGGCUUGAGGCUGGCGUUCAUGUUGUCGUCGGAACCCCUGGGCGUGUGUUCGAUAUGAUCAACCGCCGCGCUCUCCGUUCCGACUCUAUCAAGAUGUUCGUGUUGGACGAGGCCGAUGAAAUGUUGUCUCGUGGUUUCAAGGAACAGAUCUACGAUGUGUUCCAACUUCUUCCUCCGGCCACCCAGGUCGUUCUCCUUUCUGCUACCAUGCCCGGUGAUGUCUUGGAAGUUACCAAGCGUUUCAUGCGUGACCCCGUCCGUAUUCUCGUGAAGCGUGACGAGCUUACCUUGGAAGGUAUCAAGCAGUUCUACGUAGCUGUGGAAAAGGAAGACUGGAAAUUGGACACUCUCUGCGACCUGUACGAAACCGUCACCAUCACUCAAGCUGUCAUCUUCUGCAACACCCGCAGGAAGGUCGACUGGCUUACCGAGAAGAUGCACGCUCGUGAGUUCACUGUAUCUGCAAUGCACGGUGACAUGACCCAACAAGAGCGUGACGUUAUUAUGAAGGAGUUCCGAUCUGGAUCCUCUCGUGUUUUGAUUACCACUGACUUACUUGCUCGUGGUAUUGAUGUGCAACAAGUUUCCCUGGUUAUCAACUACGAUCUUCCAACCAACCGGGAGAACUACAUUCACCGUAUCGGUCGUGGUGGUCGUUUCGGUCGUAAGGGUGUUGCUAUCAACUUUGUAACAUCCGACGAUGUCCGUAUGCUUCGUGAUAUUGAGCAGUUCUACAACACACAAGUGGAAGAAAUGCCCAUGAACAUUGCUGACCUUAUCUAAUUUUUCGGUGGAAGAUGAGCUUUCAACCAGACCUGACUCUCACAGUGUCAGCCGUAAUUUCGGCCCAUCUUUUGCGCUUCUUACUUGUUUGUUCUUAUGAUGCUGCUUCUCAUGCGGCCCUGUAUAAAUGUCGUUGUGCCGCGCCGCAGUCUGCACUUUCAAUAGAUUACUUUGCUAUCUAAAUA